AUGGAGAGAAGCAGCUUUAAUUACCAUACAGAGAAGAGAUCCGGUAUGUCUGAUCCGGGUUCAGGAUUCGGAUCUUCCAAAAGGGCGAAGACCCAUCACGCGCAGCUGCUCUCGCCUCUGGUUGUUCCGGUGGGCCACGCGUCAUUUCGAUUGCUCUGCCCAUUGUCGCAGGUCGGCGCGGUGAUUGGAAAAUCCGGAAUCGUGAUCAAACAGCUCCAACAGUCAACCGGAGCUAAGAUACGGGUCGAGGAGCCUCCGUUUGGAUCCCCGGAUCGGGUCAUCACGAUAAUUGCACAGGUGGAUUCGACGUCUAGGCUGAAAUUAGGCGCUGAUAACAAUGGCAACGCAGAGUCGGAGAACAAGGAGGAGGAAGUUGAGGUAUCUAAAGCACAAGCAGGGUUGAUUAAGGUUUUCGAAGUUUUAGCGGCCGAAGCUGAUAAUGGCCCGGUCGUGUGCCGAUUGCUGACUGAGUCUAGCCAUGCGGGUGCUGUGAUAGGCAAGGGUGGUCAAAUGGUGGGGAGAAUCAGGAAAGAAACUGGCUGCAAAAUUGCGAUUCGGACUGAGAAUUUGCCGAUUUGCGCUGACCCUGAUGACGAGAUGGUGGAGAUCGAAGGUAAUGCUAGCUCUGUGAAAAAGGCUCUUUUGACUGUCUCUCGCUGCCUGCAAGAUUGUCAAUCGAUAAACAAGAUAAGAGUGGUUGGAAACAGACCCCUUGAGAAAGAGAUCCAAGCACCUUCGCAUAGGUCCAUAGAAACAAUUAUUCAGGAGUCUCUUCCUAGGUCGGUUGAAGAUUACGAUUACAGACCGAGAGCAGCUGACAUGUUUCCUCGGAGCACUUUAGCUCGGCCUAAUGAUGUGAUUCAUCAUGAUAGGCAUAUCCAGGUGGUUCCUCAGGGUACUUUACACCACCACAGGCAUACUGAGUCGGACCGGCAAGAUGUUUUACGCAGGCACAUUGAGGCGGACCGGCAAGAUGUUUUACGCAGGCAUAUUGAGGCGGACCGGCAAGAUGUUUUACGCAGGCAUAUUGAGGCGGAACGGCAAGAUGUUUUACACAGGCAUAGUGAGGCGGAACGGCAAGAUGCUUUACGCAGGCAUAUUCAUGUGGAUCCUCGAGAAACGUUAUACAGGCCUUCUGAUGUUGGCAGGGGAGAUGUUCUUCGCCAGCGUAGAGAAGUGGAUGAUUCUCAUGAUUCCUUGCAUAGACCUUUCGAGAUGGUUCAACGUGAUGCUAUGGGCAUGCCUUUUGAGUCAUUUCCACGCGAAACUUUUGGGAGGCGUAUUGAAACAAUGCCACAAGAAACUUUUCGUCAGCCAUCUGCAGAUUUUCUUGCACAUCGUUAUUCAACCUUAGAUACACAUCCUCACAGCGUUACUACCUCUGCUUCAGUGACUAACGCUGCCACCAUGAGACCACCUCUAUCAGAAGGGGAAGUAGGGAACCAAGAAGUGGUUUUUAAGAUACUUUGUUCCAUUGAAAAUGCUGGCGGAGUUAUCGGGACAGGGGGUAAAGUUAUCAGGAUGCUUCAUAGCGAGACAGGUGCCUUCAUAAAUGUGGGAAAUACAGUUUCUGACUGCGAAGAACGUUUGAUUGCAGUUACUGCACAAGAGAACCCUGAAGGUCAAAGCUCGCCAGCCCAGAAAGCUAUUGUCCUUGUUUUUACUAGAUUAUUUGAGCUUGCCACUAAAAAAAUCGUAGACAAUGGCCCAAGGCCAUCUAUCACUGCACGGCUUGUUGUCCCAACGAGUCAGAUUGGUUGUUUGCUGGGAAAAGGAGGUGUCAUAGUUUCGGAAAUGCGGAAAAUCACUGGGGCUGGAAUUCAAAUUUUGAAGGUUGAGCAGAAUCCAAAAUGUGUUUCAGAGAAUGAUCAAGUUGUGCAGAUUUCAGGAGAGUUUCCAAAUGUCAGAGAAGCCAUCUACCAUAUUACGAGCAGGCUACGAGACAGUCUUUUCUCCAACUCAGCGAAAGAUUCUGUAACUAAGAGCAACUCCACAUUAACUACAGAGCGAAUCUACCACCGGCAAUCAGAUAAUCCUCUGUCUAUUGGGUCUCAUCAAUCCUUUAGUCAUCCAACUACCAUCUCUACAAGUAUGCACAGAAGAUCUGAGGAUUCCUUUCUAAGUGGGCCUCAUUCAUCAUCAGUUAACUAUUCGAGACCUGUCGGCACAGAUCCUUACAUAAGACAAGAAGACCCGAUUCCUGAUAGGUUUAAUUCAUCAGCAGGCUAUUCUCCUAAUUUUGGUCCCCGGACCACUAUGGACCACAAUGAUAUCCCCCAUCACUUAACUGAGGCCGCAUCUCGUAUGUGGGCGUCCCCGCCACCGGCAGCUCCAAGAGGCUUAUCUGAUGUCAAUGGUGGAUUAUCUUCUGUGCGGUCUGGCCUUGUACAGAGCAGUGGACACAAAUCUGCCAUCGUUACAAACACCACUGUGGAAAUUAGAGUUCCAGAAAAUGCUAUGAGCUUUGUCUAUGGAGAGCAUGGCUACAAUCUGGAGCAACUGAGACAGAUAUCGGGUGCGAGGGUCAUAGUCCAUGAACCUUCUCUAGGAACAAGUGACAGGAUCAUUGUCAUAUCAGGGACACCUGAUCAAACCCAGGCUGCUCAAAACCUCCUUCAUGCCUUCAUCCUUACAGGUGAAACCUCAAUGUCCAAAAAAUACAACCUAAAUUAG